AUGCUGGACAUGACAGUGAAUCUUCUUCUUAUUUUUAUUAUGGACGUUGAACUUGUACGGAUUGGCACACGACCCAAAACUCUGGAACACUGGUUCAAAACUCUGCUCUCCGAAGGCCAAGGCUGCGCCAUCGUGGUACACUCCUUCUUCCAAAUGCCCUGCCCUAACGAUAACUUCGACGACUCCAAUUUCCACGCCUUCCUAAAGUCGGGUGAGACAGUCAGGACAGACACCUUCGCCUUGCCUGCCUUCACCACUGUUCUUGUUUGCCUGCUGGCGGUGGGAGACGUUUUUGGGGAGUUUCGCGAUCAACUCCGGAUCCUGCUUCAGCCGGCGCCUGAUCUGUGCGCGCAGAUCCAGCAAUCACUGCACCCAAGCCUGGUGGAUGUGGAGGGCAUGACGUACAGUAGGCUGUGCGCCUGGGAAACCACCGUGCAUCUGGGCCCCACCUCCGUUCUGGCUGAUGAGGUAGUGCGGAAGGUUCGCAUGCGAAACACUUCAGCAUUCAAGACAGGUUUCUGUGGAAGUCAUUUCGUACUGUCGUAUAAGAAGAAGCAGAGCACUCAGGUUAAACCCAAGCACCCAUCCCGCAUCUAUAUUACAGAUGUGCGCAUUGAUUGGCAGCUCUAUCGCAGUCGACCGGACAAGGGGGACGCCAAGUUACUCGAUCUUUGCGCUCUGUUUGGUGAGGCUUUCAGACCAGCCCACAGUAGGAUUCCACCGCCGGCAGCAGCUGAGGGUAAUGAAGAGGACAGACCACCUCCCAGUUCUGAAGUUGACGAGUUUCGGCCAAUCCGGCUCAUUUUGCGUCCACACGAGGGUCAGCUGGUGGGCAAGUCACCCUGGGCGAUGACCAGCGAGGUGCCCGAGACAGACGGUCUGGCGGGGCUG